AUGGACGUCUUAACAAGCAUAGACCCGACUUCAUCCCAAUCUUCUUCCACAGACCCAUUUCACCCAUCAUUCUUCGAGCUUGCUGCACAAUCUCAACUCUCAGACCUUAUCAAACCAGCCGUUCGCUAUGUUCUCGCUGUGCUUGCCCAGCGUAAUCCACGAUACCUUCUACGUAUUGUAAAUAGGUUCGAUGAGUUAUAUGCGUUCUUAAUGGCUGCUAUCGAAACUCAUUACCUUCGCCUAUGGGGGGCAUCAUUCAGCGAGAACUUUUACGGCCUGCGGAGGAGGAGAAGGCCAGCUUUGAAUACAAGUAUUCGUGCAGGAGGUGUAACUAGUGUUAGUGUUGCAAAGAAUGAAAGGCUAGGGAAGAAAGAGAUUAGGUUGAGUUUGUUGUUUUUGGUUGCCUUGCCCUACUUGCGGGCUAAGUUGGAGGAUCUUUGGGAGAGAAAUGGUGGAGGCUUGAGCAAUACAGCUAACCUCUUUGGUGAGCAAAGAGAGGCGGGACGCAGUCGGUUUAGCGAAUCAUCAAACCUCCCCUUACGACAGAGGCUGAAAAAGAUGCUAGUGGAAGGCUUCAAAACUUCCUAUCCCUACCUGAAAACGUUAUACCAACUCUGGUUACUCACCUAUAAUGUCCGAUAUCUAUUUGACAAAACACCAUACUGGCGCCCCUGGUUCUCUUUAAUGAAAAUAGACGUACGGAGGGUUGGACCGAACGAUGGACCUCGAAAGCGAUUCUUACCGAGAAAAGGUCUGCCGAGUUUGCUCAAGCAACCGGCAAGAUUCUUCAGUACAAUCUUACGUUUAGCACCAGGGGUAGUGUUCGAAGCCUUAAAAUUCGGCUUACCGGCCAGCAUAUUCUUCUUCAAGUUCUUAGAAUGGUGGUAUGGUGCAGACAAUCCUCGACGACGCCGAAAUAAUACUUCCUCAACAUCCGGUGCAACUAACGAAGAAGGUUCAGCAACAGCCCUCGACCCUCCAGCACCUUUACUUGCAGACUUACAGAAGGGUGUGUUGGGAAAGAGAGUUCCAGAAAGCGUAAGGGAAGGUCUACCGCAGUACAAGUUGCCUCAAAUCUUCGCACUACCUGGCGAUCUUCUGGAUAGGAUAGAAUCAGCGCAGGCUGACGAGAAGCAGUCAAGGCCAAAAUUGAUCAAGACUAAGGAAGGCAAGGGGGAGGAAAGGAAGCUGAUCCAUAACUCAUGCCCAUUGUGCGGAGCAAUGCCGAUCAACAAUCCCGCCGCACUACCAAGUGGCUAUGUUUUCUGCUAUACUUGCGCUUUCAAUUUUGUCGAGGAGCAUGGUAAGUGUCCUAUCACAUCACUGCCUGUACCAGAACGCAAGGAUGCUUUGCGAAAAGUGCUUGGCUAG